AUGUUUGAAUCAUUUAACUUUGACAAUGAUGAGUAUUAUAUUUCAUUAAAUAAAGUAAAUGAUCUUUUUCAUCCAAUUACAUUUAUUCUCACAAGUAAAGAAUUAUCAAUUACAAAACAAAAUUUAUUAACCAAUUGGAAACUGGUCGCUAAAGAUGAAUAUUUUAACUUACACCUUGAAAAGAAUUUAUUGCUUUCAUUAUGGGAAAUAAAAGCCUAUAAUCUAAGUUUUAUAAGUGUUAUACUUAAUGAAUUUGGUUGUUGUAUUCAAAAAGGAUCACUCAAUACUUUUAUUAAAUCUGUUGCAUUCAAAUAUAAUUAUGGAAUGUUUAAAACUAUUAAAACUAUUCGUAAAGAUAUAACAGAUGAGGCUGGUUUGAAUAUAAUUCCGCUUUCCGAAACUCCAAAAGUAAUUGGAAUUGAAAUUAAGGAAGAAAAUGAGUUUGAUUUCAUUAAUGUUCAAUUAAAAUUCAAUAAGCGUGAAAUUGGUAAAAUUAUCGGUGAUUCAGGUGAUUUAAUUAAAUCGAUUAGACUUCAAACAAAAUGUUUUAUUAAGAUUUUACCUCCAUUAGAAAGUUCAACUGAUCAAUUGUUUAUUCCACAGACUAAAAUAAUUCAGACCGUGAUUAUAAGUGGAUUAGAAAAUAAUGUUAAAAUUGCAAUUGAUGAGAUUAAUAACAUUGUCAAAAGUGAUUAA